CAGACAAUAAUAAUAACCACGACUACUUAAUAGUAAAUGUGCCGUAUGCUGUUCUGCUGCUCUGCCGGUGCUCCGGAGGUGGGGAUCGCCCGCCCGAGCACUCCCGAUGCUAAUUCGUCCCUUUGCCGUUAUCCGCCAAAUUUUUUUUGCCGAGUCAAGUAGAGCUUCUGCUGGUCGUGCCUGUCUUCCGUCUCCAUACUCUGUUUUCUUCUUUCUCCGUCAAUUGCUCUCUUGCUCCCAUUCUCUUUUGGAUUAUUGGGAGGGACCUGCUAUUUCUUUCUAAUUUUGUUUCAUUGCGGGGCCUGGUUUUGUGUUUUUGGCCAUUGCUUUGCCCUCUUGUUUAGACUUGGCAAAAAAAAAAAAGCCGCUCAGUCAAAGCCUGAUUCUGCAUCACAAGUGGCCAACAGUCUUCGUCAUUUGAAAUCAUGGCAACAAGCAAUGGAGAAUUGGAGAACUUUAAUGGCACUGCGCAGCCGCAGCCAACCGAGAACCUCAUAAACGGCGGCGAUGUCGAGAAGGGUGCUGAGGAUACUAAUGGAGGAGGCGUUUUCCAGAUUGCCGUGAAACUACCGCAUGAGCCCUACAAGAUUCAAGUAAUGGUCUCGAGCCAGGAACAAGUGCAGGAUGUCCGUCAAUCCAUUGUCGAGCUGCCCAGUACUUUCCAGUACACGUGCUUCCAUCUUGAAUUCAAUGGACAGCGCAUCAACGACUACAUCGAGCUGUCUGAGGUCCAGGGACUCAAGGCCGACUCCGAGAUCACUCUCGUCGAAGAUCCGUACACCGAGAAGGAAGCCCGGAUGCAUGUUAUUCGCAUCAGAGAGUUGGUUGGCGCUGCCGGCGAUCGCGUCGACAACCUUCAUGGCAUCUCGGCUGGCCUUUCGCUUCACGACUCCGUGGCAAAUGAGGAAGAAAUCUCCGAAUCCGACGAAUCCUCUGCGGCUAAGGACCAUCCGCUAGCCGGCUAUGAGCCUAAUGCUCCUAGUCAUUUGAACACCAUCCUACCUCGACCCCAAAGCCCGUUGCCCAAGACAGUCAAGUCCAUCUCCCUUUCCCCCUGGAACCCGCCACCUUAUAACCUCCGACAGAAGGGCCACCUCCUUUACCUCCAAGCCACCACGAACGAAGGUGAGCAACAUCAAAUAACCGCCCACGUGUCUGGUUUCUACGUCAACAAGUGCUCAAAUAGCAAAUUCGACCCAUUUCCCCGUGCGGCGCUCAAGAACUCUAGCUCACAUUCUUUGCUCAAUUUAAUAUCACAGCUCUCGCCUUCUUUUCAGAGUAGCUUUGAGGCUCUCCAGGAGUCUAACAGCAAGCGGGAUCUCUUGACGACAUUCCCCUUUCAAAAUGCUAUUCCUAACAGCCCGUGGUUAGUGGCUCCUAUGUCAACUGCUCUCGGGGCCCACCAACCUGAUAUUGCGCGAUCUCAAGAAAACUUUUUGCUCUCAGGGGUAGAUAACUCAGAGACCCUUCGGGAUUGGAAUGAGGAGUUCCAAACAACCAGAGAGCUUCCACGAGAAGCUGUUCAGGACCGAGUUUUCCGGGAGCGCUUGACAUCUAAACUCUUCGCUGAUUACAACGACGCCGCUGUUCGCGGCGCGGUGCUGGUCGCCAGAGGAGAGAUUGCUCCCUUGAACCCUACUGAAAGCCGUGACGCUCAGAUCUUUGUAUAUAAUAAUAUCUUCUAUUCCUUUGGAGCCGAUGGGGUUGGCACUUUCGCUUCUGAGGGUGGUGAUGAAGCUGCGCGUGUGGCAGUUGGCAAAGAUGUUUUGGGCAUCAAAGCAGUUAACCAGCUGGAUAUUUCGGGCCUUUUCACGCCGGGAACUGUUGUUGUUGACUAUCUUGGAAAGCGUAUAGUUGGUCAAAGCAUUGUACCCGGUAUCUUCAAACAGCGGGAGCCCGGUGAACAUCAAAUCGAUUACGGUGGAGUGGAGGGGAAAGAAGUUGUGGCGGAGCACCCUGACUUCGUCCAAGUUUUCGAGAAGCUUUCCAAAGCUCUGCGCGUGAAAAAACAUCCCGUCUGGGAUAAGGAAGGACAGCGACAUGAUCUUGAGGGUAGUGUCGAGACGAAAGGUCUCCUCGGCACUGAUGGUCGGAAGUAUGUGCUCGAUUUGUAUCGCAUUGCUCCUCUUGAUGUGUCGUGGACCGAGGAGGAAGACAACGACGCCUAUCCUCACCGCAUGUCUACACUUCGUCUCGAAUUGAUCGAGUCAUACUGGCGUUCCAAGAUGAGCCAGUAUGUGAAGGAAGAAGUGGAGAAGAGACGAAACAAGAAAGAGCAAGAUCAAACCGAGAAGAAUGAUGCUGUAGCUAAGAGUGGAGAGGCUGAAAAGUCUGAGGAGGACCCGGAACGGGUCGAUAUCUCAGGCUUCCACCUCGCUCUCAACCCAGACGUCUUCAGCGGUCAGGUCCCCCAGACUGAAGAGGAGAAGAAGGAGUGGGCGGAGGACGAGCGUGAAGUCCGUAAUGCCUGCGGUUACUUGCGAUCCAAGGUCCUUCCCGAGCUUAUUCAGGAUCUUCAUGAUGGUGACGUUGGCUUCCCAAUGGAUGGACAAUCCCUUAGCCAAUUGCUCCACAAACGUGGUAUCAACAUUCGAUACCUAGGACAGCUUGCUGAGCUAUCGCAGGAGAAAGGUCAUCGUCUUAAUUCCCUCUCUGUCCUAGUCACUCAGGAGAUGAUUGCUCGUGCCUUCAAGCACAUUGUUAAUCGUUACCUCCGCCACCUGCCACUCCCAUUUGCGGCUUCCGGCAUCACGCACCUUUUCAACUGUUUGCUUGGCACAGAUGUCAAUGAGACUCCCCAGGCAGACAUCGAUGAGGCCUUGCGUGAGGUUUAUUCUGAGGUAGAUCUUGAAUUUGAGGCUCUCACUCCUGCUGCUCUCCGAGCAGAGAUUGAGAAGCAAGUGAAGAUCAGAUAUCGCUUCUCUCUCCCAUCUGACUGGGCUAGCUCUUUAAGACAUCUGCAACUUCUCCGCGAUGUUUCGAUCAAACUAGGUGUUCAGUUUGCUGCUCGGGAAUUCGCAUUUACUAAGGCUGACGCUCAGCGCCAAGAAACUUCCACUACCGCAAAUGGCGUUGACGGAGGCAAACAUGAAGAGCCUAAUAAGAAAAAGAAAAAGAAGGCUGCUGGUGACAAUGUCUCUCCAUCUCGUGGUGCCGCUGUCAAACCUGCCACUACAUUUGUAUCCGAAGACGUUGUUAAUAUUAUUCCAUUAGUCAAGGAUGCAGCACCACGAAGCUCUUUGGCAGAAGAGGCUUUGGAGGCUGGCCGUAUUUCUCUAAUGCAGAACCAAAAGCAGCUUGGUCAGGAGUUGAUCCUAGAGUCACUGUCUUUGCAUGAACAGAUCUACGGCAUUCUUCAUCCAGAGGUUGCCAAAUUGUACCAUCAGCUAUCAAUGCUAUACUAUCAGACCGAUGAAAAGGAGGCUGCAGUUGAACUUGCACGGAAGGCUGUUAUUGUCACCGAACGCACUCUUGGUGUUGAUUCAGCCGAUACCAUUUUGAGCUAUCUUAACUUGAGUUUGUUCGAACAUGGCACUGGCAACACCAAGAUGGCCUUGGUGUAUGUUAAGCAUGCCAUGGAUCUCUGGAAGAUCAUCUACGGACCAAAUCACCCCGACUCGAUCACUACCAUGAACAAUGCUGCGGUUAUGCUGCAACAUCUCAAACAAUACCCCGAUUCCCGCAAGUGGUUCGAGGCCUCCCUUACCGUCUGUGAGGAGCUAUUUGGCCGGCAAUCCGUCAACACAGCUACUAUUCUGUUCCAGCUCGCUCAAGCAUUGGCAUUGGAUCAAGACUCAAAGGCUGCGGUGAACCGUAUGCGUGACGCAUACAACAUCUUCCUUAGCGAACUCGGUCCGGAAGACCGCAACACAAAGGAGGCUGAAAGUUGGUUGGAACAACUCACUCAGAACGCCGUGUCCAUUGCCAAACACGCCAAGGACAUCCAAGCUCGCCGGCUUCGCAGGGUCAAUCUCAGCACGCGUGUGUCCCUAGGCACCAAGCCUCAACCUCAAGUCGGCCAAACAGCGCCGGGUUCUGCACUUGUGUCAAGCUCGUCUGCUGCUAAUGGGCAAAUGGAUAACCGAAGCAUCGACGAGCUAUUGAAAUUCAUUGAAGGUGGUGAUUCCAGUAGCCAGCAUUCCAAGCAGAAGAAGAGAGGGACUGCUAACCCUAAACUUCGCACUGCGAAACAAUCCAAGUGAUUGGUCACCUUUCUGCCUUCCCAUUUUUGUACUAUAUAAAAAGCAAACUGUGAUGUGUCAUUUCUCAGGUAUAUGUGAUUGCCCAUAAAUGUUUUGCCCCUUCUGUAUCUUGUCACUUUUAUGCAUGGCGCGUGCUUGGAUGAGAUCUUUCAUGGCUGGGCUGGUGAAACUGAUGUAUGGUCUUGUAUUAUUAUGAGCAUCUCUACUCCAUUCUGCAUAAUGGCUGUAUUUCUGGGCAGAUUUCUUCCAAUUUUUGGGGAGAAUACAUCGGGAAAUCAGUAGAAAAUAUUAUAUUCAGAACAUUGAUUUUGUAAUAUUGAAUACAUGUAUCAAUUGAUAAUAAGAGUCAACUGUUUUUCAGGCAUGUUACCAA